AAGAAAGAUCUCUUUCUCCCGGAGAGCAUGAAAGCGAUCGUACCGACCGGUGCUGAUCGCGGUGGAUCGGGUGUAGUAGUAGUAUGCUUUAAGUGAUCGUCUGGAACGGACGUGUCUGUGGAUGGACACUCAUGUGGUCGUGCUUUGAGCAAAAGAGUGGUUCGCGUGCGUGUGUGUAUGGGGAAAAUUGUUUUCCCGCUGGAAUAUUGUGCCGGUCAAAAGUUGGUACUACACGGUAGCGUGUUUGUGUGCAGCGGUGUUUUAUUUAGUGGUAAUUCAAAAACAACAACCUCUCCCAUGUGUGUGUGUGUCUGUAGGUAACAUUUUAAAGCGAUAUACACACACUCCCAGUAAGGGCGGUAAUGCCUAAGUUUAUGAGUGAAAAGGUCGUUAAAAGAGCACCAAAAAAAGCUCGUGCUAUUUAAGCUACUGGUGAAGCCUAAUUAAUGCCUAAACGAUUCAAAUUGAGGAGCAGUUCCUGUUUAUGAGCUGAUGUGCUAAUACCACUCAGGGAAAACGAAGAAGACAAAGUGUGUGCCAGUGUGAGUGUGCGUUUUUUUGAGUGAAAUUUAAAAGUGCAAUGAAUAAAAGCAACCGUACGAAUGCCGCACGGAAGACAACGCCGGUGGCUUAAAUUUCCCUGUGACCUAAUAAAAGUUUCGUUUAGCUGAGUGUGUGGUGGAAGUGGUGGAACAAGUUCAGCAGUGUCAUUUCAUUUUGUGACCUCAUAAUUCCUAAUUAUUAUGUGCAAAAGCCAAAGUUGUUGUGUUGUGUUGUUAACGCGACUGCUCGAAUGAAAAGACUUGAGCCCGCCAAGAAUGCCAGUACCGGAAUUUGGCCAGCGCUGAAAGCGACCGCAACCUCGAGGGCAACUGUACGAGAACGAUAGACCACGGACGAGGGAAAGAAGGAGGGAUUUACAACCUUCUUCAAUAUUUAUUGCCUACUUUGAACGUGGACGAGUCGUUUUGAAUUUGCAUCGUCAGCAUGACCACGGCACAGGAAAGCCGUUCCGCCGCUCGAGCCCGUAAGCGAAGAAAAAGGAUUCACACCGGUUUGAGGUCACCGGUGCCGCUGGGUUUCGUUGUGCUGCUCGUAGGCCUCACGGUGGGAGGAGGACCCACCCCCGGCACGGCCGCACCUUCCCUGUCCGCCAAAUCGUGGCCCUCGAUGAAGACGUACGACAUUUGGGGAGCGCCGGCGGGCCACCAGCAGGACACGGAGUCAGGGGCAAGGUCGAGCGAUUCCUUUGACCUAGUUACGAACCGGUACGGCAACGGGACGGGAACCGGUUCGGUGCGGCGCAGCCGGUACAGCUACGGCGAAUCGACCGGUGUCGCUUCCUUCUACGGUGACGCAAGCAGCCGGCCGCAGGGCGGCACAAGACGACGCUCCGGGAAAGUGCUUAACUUCCUGCCGGUACCGGUCGAUGACGAAUGCCUGUCGGAUGAUGGCCGCCGGACGGGCAUGUGCAUGAACGUGUACGAGUGCCGCAUAGGGGGCGGAACGGCACGGGGCCAAUGUGCACUCGGCUUCGGUGUGUGCUGUGUGUUCGUUGCCACCUGUAACGAGGAGAUUGUGAACAACAUUACCUACUUUGUGUCGCCCUCGUUCCCCGGCAUCGUGCCGAAGGAUCUGGGCAGCUGCAAGCUUAAGAUUAAGCUGAUGAAUCCCGACAUCUCGCAGCUCAAGUUUGAUUUCAUCCACUUCGCAUUGGGUCAGCCGAAUCGACGAACGGGGGUGUGUGAAGGCGACCUGUUCCGGCUGAUUGGAGGCAUCAGUCCGUUUGAUCUGUGCGGGCAAAACUCGGGCCAACAUCUGUACUACGAUUUGAACCCUAAAAGCCGUGCCGAGGAGCCGAUUGAGCUGGAGAUGAACUUUGCUUCCAGGUCGUUCGCACAGCGGCUGUGGGAGAUUCGUGUGUCGCAGAUCCCGUUCAGUCAACGGUCGCCGAGCGGAUGUAUGCAGUACUACACCGGAUCGGAGGGGCUGAUACAGACGUUUAACUUCGCGGAGAAUGGGCGGUAUCUAGCGAACCAAAACUAUCGUGCCUGCAUUCGGCAAGAGAAGGGUAUGUGCUCCGUAUCGUACGAACCGUGUGAUGAUCAAUCGUUUCGGAUUGGAUUGCCGGGUUCGGGCGGACAGGGAGCACCUGGAGGAGCAGGAGGAGGCCCUCUAGGAGGCAUCGGAUCGCCAGGAGGAUCGGCGGGACCAACCUCCGGAACUGGACCGUUUUCCGAUCCAUCGUUAGCGGAUGAUCCUCUUGCCCCUGCGGCCGAUAUCCCAGUGGAAACUUCGCCAGUUGCAGAUCCAGUCGUGGAAGCACCAUCUCCAGAAGCACCAGCGGCGGAUUUGGAAACGGCAGCCGAUGAACCAGUACCGGCAGAGGAAGAUCCCGAAGUCGCCGCCGAUGAGCCAGCGGCGGAUGAGGAAGGCUCAGGAGGUGGCGGUGGUGGAUUCUUCGAUGGGUUCUUCCCAUCGUUUUUCUCUCGUAGCAUCUUCGAUGAGGAAGAAGAACAUAUCAAAGCUCCGAAAAAACGUAAAGGUAAGGCCAUGGCACGAGCCGACUGGCACGCUCGUCAGUUCGAUGGCAUCAACUGUCUCGAUCGGAUCACAUUACCGUGCAUCGUGGAGGAUUUCAUAGGCGUAGGGAUGGGAGAUUUGCCCAGCUGCCGACCGGUACACUGCGGUAACUCACUGUGCCCGCCAGGAGUUUCACCGUGUCGGGUGGAGACGUCCGUCACACCGUUUCGGCUCGGAAUACACUUUGGCGAGGGAAUCGAUCGAGGUAGUCCGGAAGAUAAUAUCGGUGCGUGUAUCCGGUACAAUCAAAUUCCUUGUGCGGGAUAGACUGUGUGAGCGAGUGCUUCAUGAUGUGUACAGGAAGGAGAAGAAGUGAGAAGUCUGUAAAAAAACUAGGUUGUAGCUGUGUCUGUAGUCUGGGUGGUGAGUGUGCUGAAUGUAUUUAUUUGCCAUGAACGAGUGCGAUGAAAAUGUAGGUUAGUACACGUGUAGACAGUAAGUGGUACGUCCAAGAAGAGAAGUAUUAGGUUAAUGUGUAAAUCGUCAUGCGACUUUGGCUUGGUUCGAAUGCACUGCAUUUCAUUAAUUCUUCAUCACAUCACUCUUCUUAAUAUGAAAAUGCAUUAUAGAAUAGAUCUCUACCACUGCACCACACGAUUAGUAAUGUACUGUCCUGCACUGGAGGUUUUAGUUGAACGUAUAUUCAGAGUUCCUAUCGACAGGAACUCAAACAAUAGCCUGGACACUGGCUGUACCAUAAUUUAUUUUAGAAAUAAACAAACAAAGAUGACAGCUUUGCUAAAAUAAAGUAAUAACCAACUAAGAA